AUCCCUCAUCCCACUUCCCCCUUCAUUUCCAUUGAGAAAAUAAGGGAAACCCCCCAGAAAAAAAAGCCUCAUCAAGAAAAAAAACCGCCUCUACCACCCCCGCCGGAGACGCAUUCGAUUACCAACAACAAAUCAACCCAAAAAGAAAUUAUCAUGAGUAGUAUUAGCAACCAUACUCAUCAUCAAAUCCCAACACCAACAACACCUACUACAACAAAAGGUAACGGCAACGCCCAAGCUUGCGCUGCUUGCAAAUACCAACGCAGGAAGUGCGCUCCUGAUUGCAUUCUCGCCCCUUUUUUCCCUCACGAUCGCCAACGCCAGUUCCUCAACGCUCAUAAAUUGUUUGGCGUCAGCAACAUCACAAAAAUUAUCAAACACCUUAAUCUAUCCGACAAGGAAGAGGCCAUGCGCACCAUCAUCUUCCAGUCUGAUAUUCGAGCCAACGAUCCUGUUGGCGGGUGCUACAGAAUCAUUCGGGAGCUGCAGCGUCUCAUCGAGUAUAACAAGGCAGAGCUCGACAUUGUUCUUCACCAGCUAGCCAUAUGCAGAGCACAAGCACAAGCACAGCAGCAGCAGCAGCAGAACCAGAUUCAAAUCCCAGAAGUUGGAGAUCAGAAUUCAUGUGAUCAGUUGAUUAAUAUGGACCCUUUGAGUUUUUACAACAACCAAGUUGCCCAUUACCAUUAUGUUCAGCCUCAUCCUCAUGCAUUGCCUGCUGUGCAACAAGAACAACAGCAACAAGAAGUGCCCUAUGUGCUUGUUCAAAAUAACAAUAUUAAUAGCCCUAAUAGUAAUAGCAAUAACAAUAAUAAUAACCCACAUCAGCAUUUGCAUGAAGAUAUGAACAUGUGGGCCAUGCAAGAUUCUAUGUCUUCAUUGGAUAUCAAGCAUGGUGGUGGUAUGAAUGCCAAUGAUUGUGAAGAUUUGAAGCCCUUUGUUGAGAUUCCUUGUGAUGAUGAUCAGAGAAAUGGGGAGGUCAGGUUCCAGCCUGAGGAUAUUGGUGAUCAUCAGCAGAGGUUUGUAGUACCAAACACAAAAUUACUUAUAUCAUCAUAAUGUUUCUUUUAUCUUUUAUCUUUUUUAAAUUAAGGGAGAGUUGGGUUAGAUUCAAGGGUGAAGUUUUACCGCUUGAGUUAGAAGCCCCUACAUGAUUUUAAAUUAUAUGUAGCUAAUCUUCUUUAUGAUUCA